AUCUCUUAUGCCAUGGGAUCUCUGCUUUUCAACCGGUUGCUUGCUCAAGCCUCUCUGCCCAGACGUCGAUGUGCUAUCCACGCAGCCUGCUCUGCUGCAUCUUUCGUUGGCUGGAAUUUCUCCCUCCGGAGCUCUCAACUCUGGCCUGAGUUACUCCUCCUUUCGACAUUAUCCCGUUUCAAAGCCGAUAAUUAUUACCUCUUGUGUGGAACAUGUUUUGUUAAAGUCAGCCUUAAGGGCAUCAACGAUUUAUCAUCAAGAGUCGUGUGUGGUUUCCUUAUCUGUUGCAAGAUUAUUGGUAUCAAUAGCUGAGUGCAAGCUGACUUCCCUUCAUUACUCAUCUCUUCAAAGUCUUGAGGACUGGGCUUGGAAGGUUGAAAUAUUGGUGGUGAUUUUCUCUCUGUUGGCAGCUCUUAAUACCGCAAUGCAGCAUUUUGAAGUGGAGCUCUCUACUGCUUUAUGCAGUUCUCAGUCAAGGCCUAUCUUCUCUUGCUUCAAGCUCUCGCAAGGCUAUGGUGGUUCUCCUCACAGCUCUCAGUCUCUUCAAAGAGGUGUUUGGUCGCCUUUGAGCUUGUAGCUGGGUCUUUCCCAAUUGGUUACUUUCAGAUUUGCCCGGCAAAGGGAAUGUGGAUGCAAGGCCGUGUCCUCCAUCGCUUAUUGAGUAGAGUGGGCUCUGGACACGUCGUCAAAGCGGUGAUGAUUCACAAAGCCUCUCAACCAGCAAUAUCAACUGGACUCUCAAGACUUCAGAUUCUUCCGGACUCAAUCGUCCCCUUCUGUUCCCUGCGCUUAGGGAUGGACUUGAAUGAGAUUACAGGUUUCUUGAGCUUCAAAAACCUUGUUCCUCUCUUCACUCCGUUAUCAUGUGUUUAUAAUCUACGCACAGCAUUAUGUUUAGCUGUUGCUUUUGCAAAGGGUGUUGUACCCAGACUUUGUAUUUCAAGUACUCUGCUUUGAGUUGGAUAUGAAAUAAAAUUGUUGACAAAAAAAAAAAAAAAAAAAAAAAAAGUA